CACACAUACACGCUUGGGGUGAGGACUCACACACGUACGCGCGUGCGCACAUACACACACCAAGGGUGAACUUGGAUAACCACCCUGGGUGGAAGGCACACGGGAGGGGUUUGUGCCAACACCUAGCUUGUUUUGCAGAAACAGGAUCUGCAACAGAAGCCUCCUCUGCCCUGCAGCCCCAAACGCCACAACUUUAAAUCCUUGGAAGAUCUUCCCGGCCUCCAAGAACCAGCAUGCCAGGGCACCUGCUGCAAGAAGAGAUGACGCCUUCGUACACGACCACCACCACCAUCACAGCGCCUCCCUCUGGAAGCCUGCAGAAUGGACGAGAGAAGGUGAAGACGGUGCCCCUCUACCUGGAAGAAGACAUCCGUCCUGAAAUGAAAGAAGAUAUAUACGACCCCACCUAUCAGGAUGAGGAGGGGCCCCCGCCCAAGCUGGAGUACGUCUGGAGGAACAUCAUUCUCAUGGCCCUGCUGCACGUGGGAGCCCUGUACGGGAUCACACUGGUUCCCUCCUGCAAGCUCUACACCUGCCUCUUCGCGUUUGUCUACUAUGUGAUCAGUAUUGAGGGCAUUGGAGCCGGAGUCCAUCGCCUGUGGAGCCACAGAACGUACAAGGCACGCCUGCCCCUGCGGAUCUUCCUCAUCAUUGCCAACACCAUGGCGUUCCAGAAUGACGUGUAUGAAUGGGCCCGAGAUCACCGAGCCCACCACAAGUUCUCAGAAACACACGCCGACCCUCACAAUUCCCGCCGUGGCUUCUUCUUCUCUCACGUGGGUUGGCUGCUUGUGCGCAAACACCCGGCUGUCAAAGAGAAGGGCGGAAAACUGGACAUGUCUGACCUGAAAGCCGAGAAGCUGGUGAUGUUCCAGAGGAGGUACUACAAGCCUGGCAUUCUGCUGAUGUGCUUCAUCCUGCCCACGCUGGUGCCCUGGUACUGCUGGGGCGAGACUUUUCUAAACAGUUUUUAUGUUGCCACUUUACUGAGAUACGCUGUGGUGCUCAACGCCACUUGGCUGGUGAACAGUGCCGCCCACCUCUACGGGUAUCGCCCCUACGAUAAGAACAUCGAUCCCCGGCAGAAUGCCCUGGUUUCCUUGGGAAGUAUGGGCGAGGGCUUCCACAACUACCACCAUGCCUUCCCCUACGACUACUCUGCCAGUGAGUACCGCUGGCACAUCAACUUCACCACGUUCUUCAUCGACUGCAUGGCUGCACUGGGCCUGGCUUACGACCGGAAGAGAGUGUCCAAGGCCACUGUCUUAGCCAGGAUUAAGAGAACUGGAGACGGGAGUCACAAGAGUGGCUGAAUUUGGAGUCAGUCUAUUCCAAAAGCCAGCUGGAUAGGGGUUUAAUAAUGUUUUUUCAAAUACCGAAAAGAAGCACCCAUGUUGUAUAGUGUCCUACUUCAAGACAAUAUUCUUGUAAAAUAUUCAAAUAUUAAAAGACCAAAACUUUCUUUUAUGAUGCUAAGCAGAAAUUCUCCUGUUCUUAGUCUUGUAUCCGAGGGACCUUCUUAUUGCUUAACCCUUCUUAUUACUUUACUGUCUUUUCAGGAGAGCUGCAGGUGAGCAACAGGUUGGAAUAGACCUUUGAAAACGCGGCAAAUGUUUUAAAUUAAAGAACCCCACCAAGAGCACUCUUUCCUUGAUCUCUCUUGAGCUUCAGGGUAGGUGUCUCAAGCCAAAUCCAACCAGCUCUUCCUGGAUGUUCUCUGUUAAUUCCCAUCAGGCCACAGGAAAGACAACACACACACACACACACACACACACACACACACACACUACAUACACACCCACCACCAAAAAAACAACCAAAAACCCUAAACUUUCCUUGGCACUGAGCUGGUGUUGCAUUAAGACAUCAUGGAGGAGCGCUACCAUGCCAGGGAGGACCCUGAAGCAGAGAUGGUGUUGUAAGGAAUGAGUUCUAAAAAUGUUCUUUCUGGGGCUGGAGAGAUGGCUCAGUGGUUAAGAGCACCGACUGCUCUUCCAGAGGUCCGGAGUUCAAUUCCCAGCAACCACAUGGUGGCUCAUAACCAUCUGUAAUGGGAUCUGAUGAACUCUUCUGGUGUGGCCGCUGUGUACGCAUAUACAUAAAAUAAAUCUUUAAAAAAAUAAAAAUGUUCUUUCUGUGAUCAGACCCAGCUGCUUCCCAAGCAGACAUGGAGCCCGGCACACAGCACACGCCACACGGCAGCCUUCCUUUCUGUCUUGAGCCUCAGAGCUUGGUAAUGAAACUCUUCCCACUUCAAGGCAGAGAUGGAGAGGCUGGGGGAUAGAUAGCAUUGGUAGGCAGAUUGUGAGAGAUAACUUUCUCAGAAACAGCUGUUUGGGUUGAAGAUUUCCUUGAUGUCCUUCUGAAACAGUUUCAAAGCUGGGUUCCUUUCUUAGUCCAGUUUGUUCCUUGGGUUAAUAGGAGUCAGGGAUUCCUGCAUAGCGUCCUGAUGCCUAUUGCCCAGUUCCUUCCUAUUAAGUGUGAGGUUUAUGACUAUCUUAGGUCAGUGAAUCUCCGUUGCAUACGACUGGUUUAACGAAACAGCUGAAAGAUGCAACACGGGUUGGUUAGUUUUCAUCAAUUAGUUUUCAUCUUCCUCAGCUGUGGACGCUGUAUUCAACAAGCAAGUGGUCCGGCAAUGUGCCCACCAGCAUGAGAGAAGCAAGUCUGGUAGGAGGGUAACCCACUGACUCAUGAGUCAAUGCGAGACCCACUGUAAUUCCAAUAGACCUCGGAGUGAUGGGGGCACAGGAAGGAGAACCUCCUAGAUGCUUCCUGGCUAGCCACCUAGGAGUAGCCGGGCAAGAGAGACCCUGCCUCAAAAACAAGGUAAAAGAACUCACUCCCAAAAGUUGUCCUGUGGCCUGCACAUGUGUACCCCUUGUGUAUAUGUACCCCAUAUACACCACACACACACACACACACACACACACACACAUUGCUACUAAUUUUUAAAAACGCUACAGCUGUGGAGUUCCAAGGCUUUACUGGGGAAGCUAUUACUGUUGUUUCCUAUAUGUAAUAUAUCCAUCGAAUUGCUUUCUGAACAACUAGUUUUGCCCAUAGAUUAGUGUUGCAAGAUAUUUGAUCACACCGUGAACCCUGAGAUUGUGUAAUUUACUGGGGGGGGGGGGGGGACUGCUUCUAAUCGUGGUGUGGCUCGGCCCUAGCACUCAUCUUUAAUCCAAAAAGCUUUCUGUAAACAGCUUUAAAUAAAGUCAACCAUAGGUCAAGAGGCAGAGCAAGCAACCAGUUGACAGGGACUGAACAUAGGAGAAAAAAAAAAGAGAGAGGGAGAGGGAGCCAGGAGGACGGAUGGAGAGACGCAUUAGAAGUAGAAGGGAGGGACAUUCAGUUUGAGGGGGUUUUGAGAGGGUGUGGAAGAGAACUUGCUCUUUUGGGAUGUUGGCUAUGGAGGAAGGUCAGCUGGGUGCUUUCUCUGCCUCUCUGAGCUAGCAGACUUUCACCCC